AUGACUGACAACAUCAUUGCCAUCCCCCAAGCUAAGGGUGGGCUCCCCGCCUGGGUCCCCAAGCUUGGCGGCAACAAUAUACUCCAGUUCUUGAGCAAUAGCAAAAAUCCAUGGCCGUUUUUCAAGGAGCUUGCCGAAGACCCUGACCACCCCGAAAUUUUCCAGGCCAAGGUCGGGCCAAAGACUAUUGUCUUCAUUACAGGCGCCAAGCUUGUGAAAGAAGUGUGCAACGAGAAGCGCUUUCGCAAGCAGGUCACCGCGCCCAUCAAAGAGAUCCAAACCUCGGUCCACAUUGCACUCUUCACGGCGUACCACUAUUCUCCUGAGUGGCCGGUCCACCACAACAUCAUUGCACCGAAACUCACCAAGGAAUCUGUUCAACAUCUGUUUGGUGAUUUUCUCAACACCACGAACGAACUUUUCGACUUAUGGAGGGACAAGGCUCCAGGCUCCCAGAUCGAGCCUCUAGCUGAGCUUGACCGACUCAACCUCGAGGCAACGACUCUGUCGCUCUUCGGAAAGAAGCUCAACCAUCUGAAAACGCCUCAUCCAAUGCUGAAGGGAAUGGACGACUCCACCGGGGAGGCUGUGCAACGGCCGACCAGACUUCCAUGGAAGAAGCCAUUUUACAUCAACAAGCUCAAGAAAUCAACCGAGGUCAUGAGGGCCUACGCCCAAGACCUGAUCGAUUACAGGAAAAACAACCCCACAGAUCGCAAGGAUCUUCUUGCAGCCAUGCUGAACGACACUGCCAAGGAUCCCGCAACCAACAUACACAGGAAACUUCGCAACACGAUGACGGAUUCUGAAGUCGUCGACGAGAUUGUGUCUAUGCCCAUCGGGAGCAGCACCGCACCUUGCGCCAUUACUGGGGGCAUGUACCACCUUGCGAAGAACCCUCACAUUGUGGCCGCAGCUCGGAAAGAACUUGACGCCGUUGUCGGCGAUUACGAACUUACGUACGAAAAUGUCGGCCAGCUGAAGUAUAUUGAGGGAAUUGUUCGCGAAUCUCUCCGUCUUUCCUUUGCGGCGCCGGGCUUCAAUAUUGAGCCGAUCCACAAGCCAGGCGAAGAUACUGGCCCCGUACUUCUUACAGGAAACGGUGGCAAUACGUACAGCAUUCCUUACGACCAAGGGAUGAUUGUUGUGCUGGCUGGCGCGAGUCGAGACGGAUCCGUCUUUGGCGAGGACGGCGAUAAGUUCAUGCCGGAGCGAAUGGUUGGGGAGAGGUAUGAUGAGCUCCCGGAGGGAGUCAAGAAAUACUAUGGCAAUGGCAGGAGAGAGUGUAUCGGAAAGCACUACGCAUGGCUGUGGCAAAUGGUUGUGAUGGCGAAGUUGAUCAAGGAGUUUGACUUUGAGUUGGCUAACCCCAAGUAUGAGCUGCACCAUUACGGGUGGUUCAAUGAGCGGCCCAUCGACUUCUGGGUGAAGAUUAACCCACGACAGAGCUCCAAGAAGUACUCAUUGUAG